AAUGACCACGAAGAUCUGAAGCCUUCCAGCACACCUGGCUACAAUCCUUCUCCUGCCAAAAGUCCAUCGGAAUAUGCUAAACUAGAUGAGAACGAUGAGAGUUUGGCUCGAUGGAAACGUUCUCUUGGUCUAACUGCCGCUUCGUCUGAGAAUGCCUCAGGUCCUAAAGUGACUGUUCUGGCCCUCGAACUCGUUUCAAGUACUCUACCAGCAGGCAAGACGAUUUCCCUCGAUCUUUCAGAGCCAACGAAGGUUGCGGCAGAGACGAAGAAGAAUCCUGUCGUCAUCAAAGAAGGAGUUGAAUACAACGUGCGCAUCAGGUUCAAGGUCAACCACUCCAUUAUAUCGGGCGUCCGUUACAUUCAAGUUGUCAAGCGCGCCGGAGUGAAAGUCGACAAGAUGGAACAGAUGUUGGGAUCCUAUGGUCCCUCACCAAACUCUGAACCCUACGUGAAGAAUUUCGAUCCCGAAGAAUCACCUUCUGGCAUGAUAGCUCGGUCAGGCACCUACAAUGUGAAAAGCCGAGUUGUUGACGAUGAUGGGGAGGUCUAUGCUGGUAAGAUACGCGCAGUCUUGCUCCGAACAGGUUGUCUGAUAUGCGUAGACUGGGAAUGGCAGUUCAAACUCGCAAAGGAGUGGUGA